GGAGCCCGCGGACAGCAUGGCGGCGUCCGAGGAGCGCGAUUCACCGGCUGAGGUGCCCCAGAUGGCGGUGGAGGAGGCGGAAACGAAAACAUUUAAAGACCUGGGUGUGACAGAUGUGUUGUGUGAAGCUUGUGACCAGUUGGGAUGGACAAAGCCAACAAAGAUCCAGAUUGAAGCUAUUCCUUUGGCCUUACAGGGUCGUGAUAUUAUUGGGCUGGCGGAAACCGGCUCUGGGAAGACAGGGGCCUUUGCUCUGCCCAUUCUGAAUGUGCUGCUGGAGACGCCCCAGCGUUUGUUUGCCUUAGUUCUCACCCCCACUCGGGAGCUAGCCUUUCAGAUCUCAGAGCAAUUUGAAGCCCUGGGGUCUUCUAUUGGGGUGCAAUGUGCUGUGAUUGUAGGUGGAAUUGAUUCAAUGUCUCAAUCUCUGGCCCUGGCCAAAAAGCCACAUAUAGUAAUAGCAACUCCUGGUCGACUAAUUGACCACUUGGAAAAUACAAAAGGUUUCAACUUAAGAGCUCUCAAGUACUUGGUCAUGGAUGAAGCAGACCGAAUAUUGAAUAUGGAUUUUGAGACAGAGGUUGACAAGAUCCUGAAAGUGAUUCCCCGAGAUCGGAAGACAUUUCUCUUCUCUGCUACGAUGACCAAGAAGGUGCAAAAACUUCAGCGAGCAGCGCUGAAGAAUCCUGUGAAAUGUGCCGUUUCCUCUAAAUACCAGACGGUUGAAAAGUUACAGCAAUAUUAUCUUUUUAUUCCUUCUAAGUUCAAGGAUACCUACCUGGUUUAUAUUCUAAAUGAAUUGGCUGGAAACUCCUUUAUGAUAUUCUGCACCACCUGUAACAAUACUCAGAGGACAGCUUUGCUACUCCGAAAUCUUGGAUUCACUGCCAUUCCCCUCCAUGGACAGAUGAGUCAGAGCAAGCGCCUAGGAUCCCUUAAUAAAUUUAAGGCAAAAGCUCGUUCCAUUCUUUUAGCAACUGAUGUUGCAAGCCGUGGUUUGGACAUACCUCAUGUGGAUGUAGUUGUUAACUUUGACAUUCCUACCCAUUCCAAGGAUUACAUCCAUCGAGUAGGUCGAACAGCUCGAGCAGGGCGCUCUGGAAAGUCUAUUACUUUUGUCACACAAUACGACGUGGAACUCUUCCAGCGCAUAGAACACUUAAUUGGGAAGAAAUUGCCUGUCUUUCCAACCCAGGAUGACGAGGUUAUGAUGCUGACAGAACGUGUGUCUGAGGCCCAAAGAUUUGCCCGAAUGGAGUUAAGGGAGCAUGGAGAGAAGAAGAAGCGCUCGUGGGAGGCUGCUGGGGAUGGUGACGAUAGGGAGGGCGCAAUCGGUGUCAGGAACAAGGUGGCUGGAGGAAAAAUGAAGAAACGGAAAGGCCAUUAAUCUCUUUUAUAAAGACUUGACUUCUGCUUUCUGUUCUGUAAAGAGGAUUGAAGGAGAGAAUGGGACCUCUCCCUCCAGAGUGCUGCAGGCCGAAAUCCAUCAGAAUUGUGUCAGAAUCUGCCCAGCUCACUCAGUGCUCAUCCCCCUUUCCGUGUGUUAGAACAUCGUUGCCUGCAGAAUAUUUUUGAAGUGCUGAUGUCAAGACUCGGACUGUUCUUCAGCUUUGGUUCCUUGCUCCUGACACUAGUAAGAUAUGUUCUCCUAUCCCUUCAUACAGACCUGUGCUUUUUUCAGCUGCAAGUCAAGGACUGGGCUAAUGAAGCCCUUGACCUGUGAUUGUAAAGGAAAGGAGCUUCUAGAUCUAAAAACAGUGAUACUUCCGCAGUCUCAGCUUGUGUUUCGUGAGACCAAAUGGGAAAUAAUAAAUUUAAAUAUUAUUAAAAAAAAAUUCAAACUCCUUGAGGACCUUUUUGGGUUACAGACUUUAUAGAUUUAGUAAGAUCUUCCUAAUAGGUAAGAAACUGACAGUGGUGAUUCCAUGGCAGAUUCAUUGGUUGUCCUUAAUUUGAGGUAAACAUUAUUUAUGACUUUAAAAAAAUCAACAAAGAAACAAGAGGAUGGAUGGCUUUGAAAGGGAAGUCCUGCUUGAAAGGAGGUUGUGUUUUUCUUGGGGAUGGAGCAGAGUCUCUUAGAUCCCUGAAUAGAUUCACAUCCCUGGCUCCUUGGAAUAAAAUCUCUGUGGGGGGCUUCCCUGGUGGUACAGUGGUUAAGAAUCCGCCUGCCAAUGCAGGGGUUAUGGGUUCGAGCCCUGGUCCAGGAAGAUCCCACGUGCCGCGGAGCAACUAAGCCCGUGCACCACAACUACUGAGCCUGUGCUCUAGAGCCCGCGAGCCACAACUACUGAGCCCACGUGCCACAACCACUGAAGCCCACGUGCCUAGAGCCCAUGCUCUGCAACAAGAAAAGCCACUGCAAUGAGAAAGAAGCCCACGCACUGCAACAAAGAGUAGCCCCCGCUUGCCGCAACUAGAGAAAGCCUGUGCGCAGCAACGAAGACCCAACACAGCCAAAAAUAAAUAAAUUAAAAAAAUA